GGUCCUCCGGUUCUGACUUUUUCCUUUUCCUUAUUUCUUCGCGAAGACAAGACACAUUCCAAAAGCUCGAGCCCCUUUUGUUUCUUUUCUCCACACACAUGACCCCUAACCCUAGAGAGAGGGAUGAUAGAUUUCAUCCUCGAUUUUGAAUACAUCGCCGAAGGAUUCUGUUGGUACUUUCUCCUUCUCUUCGACUUCUUCUCCGACCUCUUCAUCGCAAUCUCCCUCUUCUUCUUUGCCCUAAUCUCAGACCUCUCCUCUUUCCUCUUCUGUCUCAAUUUGAUUUCCUGAAUGGGUUUAAUCAAGAACACGGUUCACUACUGUUGCGUCUCCAGAGACAAUCAGAUUCUAUACGCUUACAACGGAGGAGAUCAGAGCAACGAGAGCCUCGCGGGUCUGUGUUUGGAAAAGACUCCGCCUUUUCACGCUUGGUACUUCGAAUCCAUAGGUAAGAGGAGGUUUGGGUUUCUAAUUGGAGAUGGGUUUGUGUAUUUCGCCAUCGUUGAUGAGGCUUUAGGGAAAGUCAGCGUUCUCAAGUUUCUUGAGCAUCUGAGAGACGAGUUCAAGAAAGCUGCGAGGAAGAACUGUAGAGGAAGCUUCACUGCGGCUAUUGGUUCUAUCAAUGUUGAUGAUGUUGUUUCCAAACUCAUAGCUUCGCUUGAGCGUGUUGCUGCUGAGACUGCUAACAACGAGCUGAAGACGAGUAAUAGUAACCUCGCUGAACAGAGCGAAGGUGUGAGUUCUACUAAAGCUCCGCUUUUGGGGAGGUCAAGCAAGCAAGAGAAGAAGCGAGGGAAAGAUCAUGUCGUCUCGGUUAGAGGCGCUGAGCUUGACGAACACAGGAACUCUAAUGAUAGAGCCGAUCGUUGCGAAGCUUCGUCUGCAGCAGAGACAUCCUCGCAGAAGGAGUGUGUACCGAGAAGAGGACGUUCUGGUUCUCAUAGCUUUGAAUGGAAAUGGCGGCGCCUUGUUCAGAUUGUUCUUGCUAUCGAUGCUGCUAUUUGCUUGACUCUGUUUUGUGUCUGGUUGGCUAUUUGUGAGGGCAUCAAGUGCACACGUUCGUGAUUGGAAAAUAAAGUCGAAGUUGAAUAGAUUCUUUUACAGUCUUGUUAAGUACUAUUGUUGAAUGUAUGUAUGUGAAGACUAAGGCUCAAGUUCUACUUAUGGCUAAUGUGAAUGCUUUACUCAA